AGAAACUCAAGGCCGAGUUUUUACCUCUCAACGUCAAUCGUGCAUUCUCACACCACACAGUGAAAUAAACUGCUUUUGCUGUUCGUGCUUGUGCGUUCAGCGAAGCAUUUGCCCGCCUGUGUGAUCUUCACUACUUGGUUUAUAUAUAUAUAUAUAUAUACAUUUAAAGAUUCACGCUUGCAAAGCAAAGCGCCACGUUCUCAACGGAUCGGCCCUUCUUUCUUUAGACGUGUGACACUUCCCACAGCUUCAGAGGGAUAGAAGCUGCUGUACGAUGCCGGUCGGAUUUCAUCAUCAUCAUGGAGCAGAGCCGAAGGGAAGCGGGAACACAUCGAUGGCGAACCGAUACACCAACGAUGGUAAUCCGAUCGGCUACGGCGACACGGCACGCCCCGCAAGAGCUGGCGCCACUGAAGCCUUCCCCUCUCGCUCGUCCGGCGUGUCCACCGAGCAGCUUCAGCGCUUUGACGUGCUCCUCGCGCGACCGGAGAACAAGGAGUGCUUUGACUGCGGCGCGAAGCAGCCUCGAUGGGCCAGCACAAACCUGGGCAUUUUCUUCUGCCUCCGCUGCGCCGGCAUCCACCGCUCGAUGGGGACACACAUUUCCAAGGUGAAGUCGACGAACAUGGAUGCCUGGGGGGAGUCGAUGAUUCAAGUCAUGGAGCACAUCGGCAACUCCCGGGCGAGACUGUUGUACGAGUAUAACAUGCCAGCGAAUGCCCGCGUGACGAGCUCCACGGAGGUCUCCGUGUUGGAGCGGGCCCUGCGUUCCAAGUACGAUAAGAAGAUCUACUACCACCCGCGCUUUGAAGAACUCUACGCCCAGUUCAUGGCGACUCCGAUUGAAGGAGUGGGCAGCUCGGCCGCCGGUGCUCAGCCACCAAACAGCAACAGCAGCGGCACGUCGCCGUCGUUGCCACAGACGAGCGGCCCUCCUCGCCGCGCCACACACACACAACCCGCUGCGAAGCCGCCGUUAGAUGAGUUGUGGGGUGCGCCGGUCUCGUCGCCCACCGCUGAAAAAGAAAGUUCGGCGAACGCGGCCGGCAGUGCGAACAACACGAACAUCACCGUGGCAGAGCUCUUUUCCGGCUCGUGCCCGGCCGGUGUCGGGGUGGGGCCGCGCUCGAACUCGGCGUGGGGCACCAGUCCCAACCCCCACCACCACAACCACAACCGAAACAAUAGCAGCGGCCGCGCCGGCAACGAUGCGGUCUCGCCACAUCCGUCGCCGAGUAGUGCGACGAACUCGGACUGGUUCGAUUCCAACUUCGGCGGCUCCAACGGCAACCCGCACGCCAGCGGCGCCCCCUCGCCGGCCACCCCGCAGUCGCCGCUCAACGUCGUGGCGUCGCGCAACAACACGGACGAUCUCUUUCAGGGCUCCGGCGACACCCCACUGAGUGGCCGCAACGCGGGGUCGAAGGAGGAGAUUCUCUCCUUGUUUGCCUCUGCGCCGGUGGCGGGGGCUGGGGGGCAGUCGGGCAGCAGUAAUGGGAGCCCCAACGGUGGCCAUCCGAUGGCGUGGCAGCCGCAGACGGUAAAACCGUACUACUCUCCAGAGCAGUGA